GAGAAACAGAUCAGAUGGAUCACGGGGGGCAGAUGGCUACGGGGAACAGCACAGCGUCGCCGAAGAAGAUGGUGAUGCACAUGGCGCUGUACUGGGGGAAGGACGUGUGGGUUCUGUUCGCAAACUGGCCCGGCCACAGCGUCGGCCAGUACAUUCUGGCGCUCAUCGUCACCUUCCUGGGCGCCGCCCUGGUGGAGUAUCUCAACGUCUGCAGGUUCAAGCUGGAGGGCAGGCACAUCCUGGACGGCUUCCUGCAGGCCGUCAUCUACGGCGUCCGCAUGUUCUUCUCCUACAACGUCAUGCUCGCCGUCAUGUCCUUCAACUUCGGGAUACUCUUCGCCGCCGUUAUCGGCAACGGCGUCGGCCACUGGCUCUUCGAGACUCGAUCCUUCAGGAAGACGCCGAUAAAGUCGAGUCUCAAGGAGGGCGGCCUCUGCUGCUGAUCCCUGGCUUCAUCCAUUCAUUCCCAAUAAUAGCGCCUGCUUUGUUAACUCUUUUCAUUUUCUUUCUCUUGGGCUCAUGUGCAUAUAUGCGUGUGUGACGCCUGCACCAGCAGCCUUGUGGGUGGUGUGGCUUUGUGGGUUGUGCUGUAACGAGAAAAGGUUCCUUCGUCUUUUUCGUUUGAAUCAUUAUGUGGUUGUGAUUCUUGUAGAUGAAUGGGAAAGAAGAAUAAUGAAGUGUAAUUUAUUGA